UCUGCUCCACCUCUUUUUAAAUCUCAUUCUCCUGCUUGUGUAAAUCACUCUGAAGUGUGCACGGUGAGAGGGUCAGACCUGCAGAGAGCUGUCAGCAGCACCGCCAUGGAGGAACCAACUCACAGAACAAGCAAGAAAAAAGUGGUGGCAGUGGUGGGCGGCGGUUUGGUGGGGGCCCUGAAUGCCUGCUUCUUUGCCAAAAGAGGCUUUGAGGUGGAAGUCUUUGAAACUCGGGAAGAUAUCCGACAAGCCAAAAUCGUGAAGGGGAGAAGCAUCAACCUGGCUCUGUCUCACCGAGGUCGGCAAGCGCUAAAGCACGUUGGGAUGGAGGAGAAGAUUGUCUCUCAGGGGAUCCCCAUGCAUGCAAGAAUGAUCCAUUCACUCAGUGGGAAACAAUCACCGAUCCCUUAUGGCAAGAAAGGACAGUACAUCCUGUCAGUGGACCGAGCCAAUCUAAACAAAGAGCUGCUAACAGCGGCAGAGACAUAUCCAAACACUAAGCUGAACUUUGACCACAAACUGAAGGACUGGAGUGCUGAAACCGGGCUAAUGACCUUUGUCAGGUCUGAUGGAUCCACACAGCAGAUCCAGGCUGACCUGAUUGUUGGCUGUGAUGGAGCUUUCUCUGCCAUCCGCAAGCAGUUCCUCCGCCGAAGCCGCUUCAACUACAGCCAGACCUACAUCCCCCACGGCUACAUGGAGCUCACCAUGCCCCCCAUCAAUGGAGAGUUUGCCAUGAAGCCGAACUAUCUGCACAUCUGGCCGAGGAACACAUUCAUGAUGAUCGCUCUGCCUAACCUGGACAAGACGUUUACCUGCACCCUCUUCAUGCCUUUUGACGAGUUUGAGAAGAUCACCACAGGAGAUGAAGUUAUCGAGUUUUUCCAGAAAUACUUCCCUGACGCCAUCCCUCUAAUAGGAGUCGAGGCUCUCAAGAGGGAUUAUUUCCGACUGCCUGGGCAGGCCAUGGUGUCUGUCAAGUGCUCCCCGUAUCACAUUGGGGACAAAUGUGUCCUAAUGGGCGAUGCAGCCCACGCAGUGGUGCCUUUUUACGGGCAGGGGAUGAACGCUGGCUUUGAGGACUGCAUUGUCUUUGACGAAAUAAUGGAAAAGUUCAAUGAGGAUUUCAGUGCUGUGCUGCCCGAGUACACCAGAGUUAGAGUCCCAGACGACCAUGCCAUCGCAGACCUGGCCAUGUACAACUACAUUGAAAUGCGAGCUCAUGUCAACUCCAGAUGGUUCCUCUUCAGAAAGCAUGUCGAUAACAUCCUCCACACCCUCAUGCCAAAGACAAUAAUCCCCCUCUACACAAUGGUAACUUUCACCAGGACGAGGUACCAUGAAGCCGUGGAGCGCUGGCACUGGCAGGACAGAGUGAUAAACCGAGGCUUGAUGUUCAGCGCUACAGGAGCUGUUCUAGGAGGAUCCUACCUGCUUUUUAAAAAUCCUCCGGACAUCAACAAGCUCAUCAUCCCUGUUGAGAAAAUGUGGAGCAGGCUCAUGGCCCUGAAGACUGCCUGAACACUUUCUCCGUCUCACCGUCUCUGAUCUGACACAAAAAGUGGAGUGUCAAAAAUCAGAGAGAGUCCAAACUUUAAUUAGAGACUGAUUCAGACCUUAAUGAACACAAUGAAGGGUCUGCCCGGCAGAUUAAUGUUCUGUAAUAAUGGUUGUCAUAACUUAUCACAGUCAUUAUGAUUGAUAAUAAGAUUUUAAUGAUAAUGGUUUAGCAGAAGGAGCUGCAUCAAUGAAAAGUUUGAGUCUUUGUCUGAUUGUUUUCAGGCCCCCCAUCAUCAGUUACACUGCUGCAAAACCAAAACCCUCAGUAUUAAAGUCAAUGCCAGCAGCUACAAUUUAUUCUGUAUGAGCUUGAAAAGAUGAUUAAAGAUGGCUGCAAAUGAA